CUUCAGAAACAUACUUGCAUCACAAAAACAUAUUUUCUCAAGCACAUAAGUACACACUUUCCCAAGCCAUAAUACUCACACACACUUUUCCAAAAAUAUACAUAUAUAGAGUGACCUGUCAGGGACCCUGGAUUCAACCUCUAACUCUGCCUCUGACUUAGUAUGUGACCUUUGGCAAUGACCUUUCCCUUUCUAGAUCUCAGUCUUCCCAUCUGUAAAACUGAACUAGACACAUUCUAAUUCCUUUCUGGUCAGCCUCAACCAGUUCCUUCCUUGAGCUCUUGGAACAAAAAAAUAAAUGGAAAAAAAAAAUUAAGCGGUUGGGUGGAAGGCGGGGAAAAUGGGGUAGGGAACUUCUCAUUGGCCGUGGCUGACGACGCUCGCCCAAUCAGCAAGGUGGUAAUCUCGGCCUCUCACCCCGCCCCUUACUGGCCCCGUAGUGCUUCAUGCUGACGCUAACUAGCCGGUGGGAGUGCCGGUGAUGUCCCGGCAGUCCCUCUAAGUACUGUCUACGUCCCAUACCUGAAGCCUGGACCAGACAGUGGCCCAGCCUUACGGUGAGCAGCCAAAUACAGACCACGAAUAGCUGGAACACUAUUCUGGAAAUUGAGCCGCUGGGUUGGGUAUAUACUAAGGUGCACACCCUGAGCCCCCGACCCUGCCCCAAGCCAGAGGCAUCCCUCUCACCAUCAGGCAGCGGCAGGGCCCAAACUCCAGCCUCAGGACUGUCCCAGCCCCCAACACCUGCUUCAGGUGCAGCCUCCCCCUAGGCCUCACACCUCCAACUCCAAACCCUUUCCUGGCUCCUAGAUCCAGCUCAUCCCUGGUGGUCUAGUCAGGACAUUAAUCUGAAAAGGAACCUAGAUUCCAGUCCCAGUUAUUUACUGACUGUGUGACCAUGGGCAAGCCAACUUCUUCCCAAUGGGCUUUACUACAGACAUCCCAACCUAACUAUUAGCUCCUAGGUCCAGCCCACCAGAUCUGACUCAGGCCCAGACACCAAAGUUGCCCCUUGGGCCUCUCUAGCUGUGUGAACCUUGAAAUUCUGGGAAGGUUGAUCCUCAGGAACAGCAGAUGUACUUUCUUCCUCAACCCCUUUCCAUUUUCUCCCUCCUCCUGGCUGACAAAAAUAAUCACCCUUUGUCCUGAGAUUACAAGUCCUAGCCAAAAAUGCCUCUCCCCCAGGUUUCUCCCCAUAUUAGCUUCCCAGUUCACUCCCCAAAUUUACCCUCUAGAUGUUUGCCCUAAGGUUCUUCCUCAGUGUCACUUCCAAUGUCACCUCCCUCUUCAGCUCCCCCUUCAGUAUUCCCCAGGGCUUUUACUCCCAUAGGCAGUAUUCCCACAUGGGUGGCUCAGGGCUGAACAAGCCUUCUCUCUCUCCCUCCCUUCUCCCUGUCUCCACCCAACUGGACACAAAGUCCUCCCUCCUCUGUUCUGUGCCUGUCCCUGCCUGCCUGCCUGGAGCAUCUGAGCUUGUUCCCUCAGUAUCCAGGGCAGGUAACCCAGUCUCUUCACCCCACAAAGAGAACAGAGUAGGGAAGGGUGACAGGUUUUCAGCAUAAUCUCUCUUCACCCAGAAGGCCCUUGGGUAACCCGCCCCCAUCCUGGAAGCCAAGCAGGUGCCCCUUUUGAAUUGCUUCUAGGGCAACAGGUGAGAACUCAGAUUCCUUUCACUGUCCCCGUGUGGCUGGAGCCAGCCAUGCACAACCUUCAGGUUUUGGCCAAGCGAUGGUGGGAGCAUCGAGUCCGGCCUGAUGGCCCACACACAGACCAGCUGGCUGCUCAAAAGGUCAGUCCACAUGCCCAGAGCUACAAGAAGAGACUGGUCAUGGUGGACCUGAUUUGCAUCCUUCUGGUCUCCAUCCCCUUCUUCUUGUGUGAGACAAAUAUGGUGGAACCCGUCCAUGUUGGUUUCUUCUGCAAUGACAGUAGCAUCAGCUACCCACUAAAAGUUCCGUCCAUUGGCAAAAUCACCCUCGUCUGCACCAGCCUUUUCAUCUCCAUCAGCUUGCAGGCCACCAGCCAUGGGAAGCUUGGUGUUCUCCCACCAGGGCCACCAAACACAUCCUGUUGCUCUCUCUUCUUCCUAUCUCCUGAGCACAUGAAGUACUGCUGGAAGAUCAUGGCUCAACAGGUCCAGAGCCUACUCUUUUAACACAACCUGAAGAUGCCAAGUGACUAGGAGGAAUAUAGACAACGGGAAAUCCCACCUUCACCGGCUUGGACGAUACUCAGCUAGCAAACUGUACAAGAAGCUACCCAUUAUGGUUGGGGAAUCCUAGCCUUCUUCAUACUAUUUUAACAGAAAGCUGGCCCUUCCCAGGUGGGCUUAAAACAAGAAAUCUCACCCUAGAUGGGCACCCUUUUCUUGCCUUCUCUCCAUGGUAAGGGGGAAUGUGUCCAAGAACUUAUGGAUCAUCACUCAGAAAGGAUAGGGCAUCCUCCCUCUCAGUCCUUAGCCUUGAGGC